CUAAGAAUCGAAGCGUGUUAAGGAUCUACUCUGUUGUACGAGUCCAGAGUGGUUCCAUCGACUAUGAUGGUCUCUGGCCUCAACUCUCGACAGGCCGGCCUUCUGUAGGGCUCCGGAGCUUAGAUGCUAGCUCAGUUUCAUGCUUUCUGUAGUUCUUUCCAACAGGAUUUGAUUCCAUGCAAUGGAGAAGAAGAUGAAUCUGAAUCUCUUGACACUGGUGGUACUGGUGACUCUUCCAACGUGUUUCGCGUACAAUGCUACAAUCGGAUGGCAGACAUUUAACAAGGGUCCUCCCUUGGUUAUAGCGAACGGUGGAACUUCAGGCCUGUAUCCAGAUCAAACGUUAAGAGCCUAUAGAGACGCUGCCAACAGCACCAGUUCUCCUUUAGCUUUGCUAUGUGACCUGAUGAUAUCUAAGGACAAUUUUGGAAUUUGUCGCCCCGGUUUCUUUUUGGAAAUGUCAACCAAUACAACAAGUUACCCAGCUACUGCGAAGAGGAGCACAUACUCGGGCUAUGGUCAGAAUUUGACUGGCUAUUUCGCAAAUGAUUUUACUUUGGCAGAACUCCUCACAGUUACAGGAAUGCGGACUAGCAAUGCGCGACCUCCGAUAUUCACUCAAGAAACACUUGCGGCACCCGAAAAUGUCUCGCAAAUAGCUGCAGAAUUUGGAGUUGCGACCUGGAUAAAUGUAGAGUUUCCUGAAUUCUUCCAGGAAUAUCCUGCACCGAACAGCCUUCUUAGUUAUCUUACCUCGUUUUUGAAGACAAACAAAGUACAAUAUUUGUCGGUCACUAACAGUUCAAUUUUGAAAUUGAUUGCACCCACGAAUGGUACGCGACUUGUCUUGAAAUUGUUGGACUACGAUGGCUUGGUCGAUCCUCUAUUUCAAAAUCUCACUGACAUCGCCACUUAUGCUCAAGGUGUUCUAGUUCCUAAUAGCUACGUCAUUCCGAAGAAUUUUACGGGCUAUGGUGUCUAUGAGGGACAAGCAACCACCGCUGUCCAGGAUGCGCACAAGGCCGGCUUGGAAAUUUUUGUGUACGGAUUUGCUAACGACCGUCAGCCCUAUAUCUACAACUACAGUAAAGAUCCUGUUCUCGAAGUUUUGAGCUACGUGGGGGACUCUUUCACUGCGGAUGGGAUCGUCACAGAUUUCCCGAACACUGCUGCGACGGCAAUACAUUGCUACCCAGAUGGAUUUGAUAAACCUUCAACUAUCCAAGCUAGUACGCCAAAAUUGACGAAUCCAAUUAUCAUAGCAGAGGACGGUGCAAGUGGAGACCUCCCCGGUAGUACUAUGGCAGCAUAUUUGAAAGCCAUUGACGACGGUGCUGAUUACAUCGAGUGUAAAGUACAGAUUACAAGUGAUGGUGUACCUAUAUGUCGUGAUGGAGAGAACCUCUUGAACAAUACCAACAUUGGCUCCUCUCAAGCUAAGCUUGAAAAGUAUUAUACAGCUUAUCCUGACUUCGGAUACGGAGUUUUCUCCUUCGAUGUUCCUUCAACAGAAAUCCAGAAUUUGAGAGGUAUAAUUAGCAGACCAAAUAAUAGUACUUCUCGCGACCCUGCAAACGAUGGGAAGGAAAGCAUAUUAACAUUGAAGGAGUUUCUGAAUCUUUCGAAGAUCUAUACAAACACUGGUCUCUACGUAAAUGUUCAGAAUGCCUACAAAGUGUACCGUUUAAAAAAUCUGGACAUGGUGAGUGCGGUUGCGACUGCCCUAGCUGUCGCAGAUCUCACAAAUGCGGGCGACAAGGUAUUGCUAGCUUCAGAAGACACUUCCGCUUUGAAUGCAUUCCAAGAGGUGAUACCCAACGUGCGGCUCGUGUAUGUGAUCGCUAAUAAUGAAAUGGAUUACUCAGUGCCGAGAGAGGUGCUCAAGGAAAUCAAGAAGUAUGCAGAUACCGUUCAUAUAUAUCGCAGUUUUAUUGAUCGUAUCGAUCCCUAUACAUAUUUUGUGAAUAAAAUGACAUCCGUGGUUCAGGAGGCGAAGGCCCUCAACAUGACAGUGUUCUAUGCCAGUAUCAGUAAUGAAUAUCUAAAUCUCGCAUUCGACUAUAGAGCCGAUCCGCAUCUGAAGAUGUACUAUCUUCUCCAAGAGUUACAAUCGAAUGGAAAGUCACUGUUGGAUGGUUUCCUCACGGUUUAUCCUGCGACAGUGUACAACUUCCUGAACAACAACUACUGCUACAGAACCUUGGGAGGUGCAACGAACCGCAGCAUGUCAGGCAGGAAUGAUCCUAUAUACCGAGUGUAUCCUGACGCCACUGCAAUUUGGUACAUACCACCGGCAUUUCCAGUAUUAAAUGUAACUCAAGGCCCAGUGUCGUACGGUAACGUGGUGAAUGCAACUCCACCUGCUCCGCCGCCGAAGCCAUCGUCCAGCCCCAGUUUGGGAUCCAAUCUCCCCUUCACUCUUCUCGCUUCCGCAGUUCUCAUCUUCAUUCUAAAUUUUACACUGCAGCAGGUAAUCAUCGAUGGUUAGCAACAUCGAAGUUUUGGACUGGGUAAUGAAAUCAAGUUUGGAUUGUUUGGCUUGAGUGAUCUUUAUAUUUUUUUUAGCUUUGCAGGAGCCCCCACAAGGUGAAAUUGGCCAUGUGGGUAGAAAUAGUUGUCUCCACGAUAUCACGCAGUUGUUGCCAGUUUUGGAGAUGAAUAAUUUGGAACCCAUUUGUAGAAAAUGAAAUGUAACGAAGCAUACAUGCUCUUGGAGUUUGUUCAUUGUGCAUCUAGAGUGUCCAUAGCUGAUUUGGUUGUGGAUCAUAGGGCAAAAAAUUCGUUGUGUAGUUCUUUCUUUUCAUCACACUUUGUUUAGUAUGUUCCAGUCAAAUUUUGGAUGGAGAGCAGCCAAUGGGUAUAGUUGCCAAUAACAAUUUUGUCAGAUUUAUUCAUGAAAUAUGUUAUUGUUGCAA